AUGUCGCCGUCCCAGCCCGCAGUCUCCGCUGCCAUGACGCUGGCGGCGAAACCGGUACCUGGCGGCGCGUCGCUGGCGUCGAAGCCGGUGCCUGGCGGCGCGUCGCUGGCGGCGGACGUGGUGGGCGACGUGUGGAAGGCGGAUUGGUACGUCGCGCACUGCUACAAGAUCCCCGCUAUGGCGCAACUCAACGUCGUGCUCUCGCAGGUGGCGCAAGCGCCGACGCGCAGCGAUAUAUCCCUCCCCAGCUGCGGCCCGGCGGACCUGAAGCGCUUCCAACGGGACCUGGCGGAGUUAAUCUCCUCGGCGGAAACUGCGGGGAAGCAGCUCAGCGUCUUUCUGCACGCCGUCCACUCCACCGCGUCGGGCCUUCAGAAAGACAUCUCGAAGCGCCUCGCGAACGAAAAUCCGUCCGUUUCAAGAAACUCCCGAAGGUGGUUCCCGAGGUUUCCGUCGGGCGGAGACGAUUUUUCCGUAGCAGCUGUAGGAUUAGCGACGUCGAUUUCCGAGGCGCCUCGCAAAAGGCUAGACGAAUCGGCUGUAGCAGUCGCGGGGGUCGCCAAUCGGGGAUGCCUUAGCGCUACUUUCGUCUCUGCCGCGCAGCCGCCGAAGUCGCCGACCAAACCGACAUUCGCGGCUCGGCUGCGCUCCCGGUCGAUGAGCGGAGUGACGGCGGCGGUGGCGAUGUUCCGCUCUCCCGAGAAUGCGGUUCCGCGCAGUAAAGAUUCCGCCGUUUCGCGGGGAACGGCGGAAGCGGGAGCAGACGGGGUGACUGUCACGGGGGAAAGUUCUAGAAACGAGGUCCGCGGCUCCGGUCCCUUCUCAUUCCGCGUCGCCUCGCCCUCCGCGCUCGUAAUGGAGAAUGCGGAAUUAGACGGGGAGGAGAGGGGGGUGGGGGGAGGAAGGGAAGCGGGCGGAGCGGGGGGAGCAGGGGGAGCGGGGGCUCUCCGCGGGUUCUUACUGUGCGGGCGGGGAAUGCGGAGUGACAGCGAAUCAGGAGCCAGCAGCAGUUGCGCCGAGGGGGAAAAUCUCACUCGGGAGGGGCGCGCUUUGCAAGGGGAGGGCGAAGAGGGGGCAGGGAGGAAGGCGACAGGGGGAAUCGCGGAAAGGGAACGUGCGGAGGAGGUGGGGGGAAAACGGGGAAAAGAAGGGGCGGAGAGGCAUGGGGUCGAGGAAUCAAAUAUUGACGAGGAAAUCCAAUCUGAUACCAAUAUUUUUCGAGAAGCGGGAACGGACAGUAUCGCUUUUCGCCAUGACCGCGCCAGCGUGUCCAUGCCACGUGCCGCCACGUCAGCAGAGGCGUUCUUUCCUUCAUCCACAGGAGGGCCGUUGCAGAUGGCGCGGGCUAUAGCGAGGGGGGGAGUAGGGGGGAGCUUUGGGGGGAGCGGACCCGGGGGGGCGGGGGGAGGUUCGGCGUCUGCGGGGGGAAUGGGGAGUCCGCGCGUGUGGGAGGGAAUGGACGGCCAGGAUGGCAUCUCGAGAUUCCACAGGGGAAUGUCGGUGGCGGAAAGAGGGGAGAGGGGGAAAGGGGCGGGAGGGGGGGAGGGGGGGGGCGGAGGGGGGAGCGGAGGGGGAGCUAGGCGGCUUAUGCCCACGUCCCUGUCUGUAGUCUCGCGUAGAGGGGGAGAGUGGGGAGAGGAGGAGAUGGGGGAGGGGUGGGCGGAAGGGGAGGCGGCACAGGAGGGAGCGGGGGGAGAAGGGGGAGAGGGGAGCAGCGUUGGGGCGAGUAGCAGUAGCAACAGCCAGUCGCCUCACCCUCUUUUGUCUCCCACUGCUAUGUGUCAACCCCCUAAUGGUGGUGUCCCUGUGUCUCCCAAGCGGCCAGCACUGUCAAAAGCAAAGCUACAGCAAGAGGAGAUGCUGCUACAGCUGCUGCGGUCUACCCCCCCCAUACGGUGGUCGUUGGCUAGUGAGGGGAAUGGUGGGAUUGGGGGAAGUGCCAGGACUGCCCGAUAG